CUCUCGUGGAACUUUCUUUGCGUGCAUGGCGGACCUGACCUGUCAGUCUGACGAGCCCUAACCCUCCAGGGGAACCUCCUCGUAGUCACAGCCUCCCCAACCGUCGAUACUCGUGCCCUCGGCAUUCACCACGCUCGCCAUGAUCGCUCAGAAGAAGGGAUACGCAGUCCCGGUCAUCACGGGGACUAUCCUCGGUGUGCUGACCAUCCUCAUCAUGGGCUUCCGUCUCUUUCUGCGCAAGCGCCGGGGCCAGUCUUUCGAUGGAGGCGACUACCUCACCAUGUUCUGCAUCGUGAUCAUGAUCUAUGCGACUAUCGAGCCACAAGUCAUCAUCCUCCUUGGCACGUCGUGGAACCCGCCGUACGAUGCGUCGAGUCUCCCGACUGCAACGAAAGUCUCCCAUCAACGGAUCGGGAGCCAGAUGACCCUGAUGAACGAGGUCGUCUAUGUCUUCUAUGCCUGGUCUCAGAAGGGUGUUGCGUUACUCUUCAUCGACCGUGUCCUGGGAGUGCUGCCCUGGGUUCAAACCUGGAUCCGAGUCUAUUGGGGGAUGCUGUUGGUGACAUUGGUGGGGGGGCUCGCUACCAUUCUCACCGUGUGCGAGCCCCUCAGGCUUUACUGGCAGGUUCUGCCCCAUCCAGCCGAGUGCAUCUUCCAAACGGCCCAUUUCCGCAUGCUAUUCCUCCUCGACGGCUUGACCGAUGCUCUCCUCAUCCUCCUCCCCCUGCCGUGGAUCGUCCGGGUCAAGCGGCCCUGGUACCAGCGUGUAGGCAUUAUCGGUCUCUUCUCCAUGGGCAUCUUUCUGGUGAGCAUCGAUCUCGCUCGCUAUCCCGUCGCUGCAGGUAGACACAUGCUGUACCUCCAAUCACUCUGGUCGGGGAUCGAGAUAUUCCUGUCGGCGCUAGUCGCGAAUAUUCCGACCCUAUGGACCCUGCGACGAGCAAAAAGGCCCGAGCCCCCUUCAUAUGCCGAACGCGCGACUCGCGAGCCAGCGACCCCUUCGAAGAACAGCAACACGAUCACUCAGACAGUGGACGUCGAGGAUUUCUCAGCCGGUGACCAGACAUUGUCGAUGAGUUUGCCCGAGCGGUAUGAGGGAAUCGGAAGUGACGAACAUCUUGUUCACAAGAGCCUGGGCUGAGGUCAUGAGGGUGACCUGUUUUUGCAUCCAUACACAUACAUCGCCAGAUCCAGAUAUAUCAGUCGGAGGGACACUCGACCACCCGACUGUCCGCCUCGAGGGAGAUGUCACAUGGACCAGCGCGGUCUUUUAUAUAUAUACCCUAUUCAUCAUCAUCAUCAUCAUCAUCAUCAUCACGCU